AAAUCUAUCUUUGUAAAUGAAUUUUUUGUUUCUUUUGCCUUUCAAUUCCAUCCACUUUCUCUUAAGUGCAGAAAGUGCAAUAACAACUGCGAGAGGGAACGUCGACCAUCACACGUGCACAGCACUCGGUGUGUAAACAACGUUUGGAGCGAGAUUCGGUUUCGCCGUUGACGGCGCGCUUUAAAGACAAUGCGAUGAAAUAUGGAAGUGGACGUUUACUCCCUGACGCACUCACUUCAGAAACGCAAUUCGAUUAGACAAAUCGCGUAUUAACACGUCAUAUAUCGUUCAUUGUUGCACAUCUCACAAAAAAACCUAACCUUCGUGGCGGGAAAUCGUCAACAAUGCCACCGGUCGUGUUAUGGCCCUCACCAAAUUGUUUAACAUCACAUUGAAUUGUACGAUAUAUCGCGGUCUGAAAGCAGCCAGCAAAAAUCCCGCGAAUGCCUUUCGCCUGCCAAGGGGAUACUGCUCGAAGAGCGUCAUGAAGAUUUUCAAUGUCGCCGAGAAGCCGGACGCGGCUAAAAAUAUCGCCGGUUACUUGUCACGCGGUACCAGCAGAAGGAGGGAAGGUUUAUCCGUAUACAACAAGAUCUUCGAAUUUGACGUGCAGCUGUGGGGUCAACACUGCCAAAUGGUGAUGACAUCUGUAUCCGGUCACUUGUUGGGCUACGAGUUUACGGGCGCCUACCGCAAGUGGCACGGCUGUAAUCCGUUGAGCUUGUUCGAUGCCCCGGUGUCCAAGCAGUGCUUGGACGAGAACCACGUAAAGAUUAAGAGAACCCUGGAGCGAGAGAUACGAUCCUGCAGCGCGUUGAUCAUCUGGACGGAUUGUGACAGAGAGGGGGAGAACAUAGGCUUUGAGAUUGUUCAGGUUUGCCAGAUGGUGAAGCCUAAUCUCCGUGUAUAUAGGGCAAAAUUCUCAGAAAUUACGAGACCGUCUAUUGAAAGGGCUCUGCAAACUCUGGAGGAGCCAGAUAAGGCAAUGAGCGACGCCGUAGACGUGAGAAGCGAAUUGGAUUUGCGAAUUGGUGCCGCGUUCACGAGAUUUCAGACCUUGAGGUUGCAGAAGACAUUCCCCAACACUCUCGGGGACCUGCUCAUCAGCUACGGAAGCUGCCAGUUUCCAACGCUUGGAUUUGUGGUCGAGAGAUUUCUGGCCAUCGAUCGGUUCAAGUCCGAGCCGUACUGGAAGCUACGGGUGAUCGACGAUCGCGAGGGGAUAUCUGUGGAAUUCAGAUGGGCCAGGGUGAGACUGUUCGAGAAGAUGCCCUGCCAGAUCUUUCUGGACAUAUGCUUGGAACGGCCGGAAGCUACGGUGGAGAAGGUGACGUGCAAACCGAAAAGCAAAUGGAGGCCUUUACCCCUGGACACCGUUGAAUUGGAGAAGCAGGGCUCUCGCAAGUUGCGCAUAAACGCGAAGGAGACGAUGAGGAUAGCGGAGAGAUUGUACACGCAGGGUCUCAUCAGUUACCCGCGCACGGAAACGAAUAUAUUCCCGAAGGAGUUGAAUCUGACGUCUUUGGUGGAGCAACAGGUGACCGAUCGGGGCUGGGGUGGCUUCGCGCAAAAUUUACUGGAAUCCGGAGUAACUCCCAGGCAGGGGAAGAAGAGCGAUCAGGCGCAUCCUCCUAUUCAUCCCACGAAGUAUAGCAACAGUUUGCAAGGAAACGAGGCGAAGGUCUACGAAUUUGUGGUACGUCACUUUCUGGCUUGUCUGUCGAAGAACGCGGAGGGCCGGGAGACGACGGUCGAGAUCAACAUAGCGGGCGAGAGAUUUAUAGCUAACGGUCUCGAGGUCAUAGCGAAGAAUUAUCUCGAGGUGUACGUGUACGAGAAGUGGAACAGCAAGCAGAUUCACUCGUACGAGCAGAGGCAAGUCUUCCGACCGACCAGUAUCGAUAUGGUGGAAGAGAAAACCUCGCCGCCGACUUUAUUAACCGAGGCCGAAUUGAUCGCACUGAUGGACAAGCACGGCAUCGGUACGGACGCCACUCAUGCCGAGCACAUCGACACCAUCAAAUCCCGGCAAUACGUGGGCUUAACGGAAACCCAACAUUUCAUGCCGGGCAAAUUGGGCAUCGGUCUGGUGAUGGGUUACGACAAUAUGGGCUUCCAAAUGUCCAAGCCGCACUUGCGUGCGGAUUUAGAGAAAGAUUUACAACUGAUAUGCCGGCGUCAGAAAGACCCGAAUGAAGUAUUACAAAGUCAAAUUAAUACGUAUCGCGAGGUGUUUAGAGUGGCGAUCGAACGCGCCAAUCUGAUAGACGACUCUUUAGCGCACUAUCUCGGCGAGAGGCCUCUCCAAACCGAGCAAGUGCAGCUCGCUCCAGAGAUUGCCAUAUUCAAGUGUCCAAAAUGCGGCUCUAAUAUGGUGCUAAAGGAGAGACGGCAGGGCAGAGGAAAAUACAUCAGUUGCAUGGGAUAUCCGGAAUGUACCAACGUGGUCUGGCUCUCGGAGGCUAUAGAAGACGUGGAAGUUUUGAACGAGACAUGCAAUCAGUGUACAGAAAAUAUGCGCAAGUUAAAAUUCAAAUUGGUCAGGAAUGUGAUACCCUUGUACGGCACCUCUUACACAACUUGCAUAGGCUGUGAUAAUACGUUCAACGAAAUGUUGAACAUUAAGGAAGAUUGCAUUAAACGAACUGGAAGAGCGAAUUACACCGGUCACAGUAAUACGAGGGACAUGUCGAGCUCCACUUCCACCUCAAGUACAUCCCAAUCGCGAAGUACCCAGCCAGUUUCUAGUGGUGCAGGGUCUGCUCGAAGGAACAACGAUGUGGGCUUGAUCGGAACUUCUAACACAUCUGGAAGACAAAAUCAGAAUUCUAACGUUUCUCAACCGAACAGAUCGAACAGGCCGAAUGCUGGCAAUAGAAGUACAAUACCGAGUAAUAGAGAAAAUCAUACCUCCUGGAUUAAUUCACGUGAUUUCAAUAAUUCAACGAACAGAUCGAAUCAAUCUGCGGUCAGAGAUUCUCGCAACGCGAAUAGUACAAGUAAUACGUGGGGCAACAUUGACAAUAAUUCUGAAAUUAUGUGUCAUUGUCAUGAGACUGCGAUCCAAUUAACAGUUAGAAAAGAGGGGCCAAAUAAAGGACGUCUGUUUUACAAAUGCGCUAAACCGCAGGGAAGCGGUUGCAACUUUUUCUUGUGGGCAUCUGACAGCGCCGAGUCUCACGAUAAUAACGCAGAGAACGAAUAUUCAAGUUGGACAUCCAGCCUGGAUAGAAACAACGAUGGUGCUGGUCACCCUCGCGUUGGCACUUCUAAUGACGAUUGGGGAAACCCAUCGACGAACGAUGUUAUAUGCAGCUGUAAUCAGCCCGCUCGAAAAUUGACGGUUAACAAAGAUGGCCCCAAUAAAGGACGACAAUUUUACGGAUGUCCCAAGGGUAUGAACUCUACUUGUAAUUUUUUCAAAUGGGCAGACGAGGAUGACGCCGCUAAUUAUGAGAACACAGACUGGGGUAAUUCCACUACGAGAAGAACAGGGAAUAACGCACGCAGACCGCGCGCCCCUCAGAAAGGCAAUGCUCCCAAAAGGCCCAGGCUUACGGGAGGCAAAAGAAAGUGCGGAAAUUGCGGAAUGGAAGGUCAUACGAGGACUCGAUGUCCAGACAGGACGAUGGACUGACGAAUGAAUUUUUUCCAAUAUAGUAUUGUAAAUAAUGUACAGUUUGUAAUGAUUACAGUUGUAAAAAGCUUAAUUAGAACGCAGUAGUAUUAAAUACACUUUCAUAUUUGUAAGACCCGUCCCUGCUUUAUUGAAGAGAUAAUUUCUACAAGUGUUAGAGAUUUCCGUUUGAAGAAAGCGAUUCGAUAAUUAAUUAAUGCUAAUGUUUUAUAAUUAUUGUAUUCUAACAAGUGACGCAAGUUACAGUGUUCAAUAUAUAUUAAACGAUAA